AUGGAYUUCCCAGGCCAUUUCCAGUUCAUUUUCAAGCAGCUCAACCAGCAGCGCCUCCACUCCCAGCUGUGUGACUGYGUGGUGCUGGUUGGAGGCCAGACCUUCAGGGCUCACCGCUCCAUCCUGGCCGCCUGCAGCUCUCACUUCAGGGCUCUCCUYGGCUCCAACGACGAGGCCUCGGGGGGAGCCCAGAGAGAUGGGGCACCCCUUGUGAUGGAGCUSGACCCCGAGGUCGUGACCCCAGAGGCCUUCUCCACUCUGCUGGACAUGAUCUACACCUCCACCCUCUCCUUGGUGGCGUCCAAUGCGAUGGACGUGUUGUUGGCGGCGUCCCACCUGCACCUCAACACGGUGGUCAAGGCGUGCAAGCUCCACCUGUCCAGGAAGAACUUCCCUACGUCGGCGCCUAAAGGGUGGAGGUCAGUGAAGCAGCWGCAGCGGGUCACAUCAGCCACAGAGGAUGGCUCUGAUGAGGAGGACGCUGUGGUGGAGGUGAGUCAGUCUGCUGAAGAAGGCGGCGGCAGGAAAAUGAGACAAUCGUUGAGGCAAAAGAGAAAAUCACAYGAAGAGAGGCUUGAUGACAAGAAGAGAAUCACCAGGCUGCCUGACGGGAGCUAUAAGGAGCAUUCGCCGACUGUGACCAGAAGCACAGAGGAAGGAGGAGGAGGAGGAGACCUGUCCUCCCCAGACUGGCCGAAGAUGACUGACUGCUGGGGGAACCAAGGCGACGAAGAGGAGGAAAAGAAAUACCAAGCAGCUAAGGGGGAAUCGGAAGAAAUCCAGCUGCCGACGCAGUCCGACAGCAGCUCGGGAGGAGCUGAGGCUUGCRGGAAGGGUGAAGCUGAAGACGGAGACAACGUGGUGAAAAUAAAAGUGGGAGAGGAGGAGCAGGACGAACCGACGGCGGAGGUGAUCGAGGUGAAACGGGAAAAUCUCUGCUCGUUUGCCUCGGAUUUAGAUCCGCCGCCCAACGCUUCCCCUCCAGCUCUGCUGCACGACUGCACGGACGGUUUAGAGGCACGGGCGACCGGUGAGAAGACGAGCACAGCUGAGCCCGAUCACGGCUCGUCGUGCACAGAUCCUUUGAGAGAAGCUGGGGCUUUGGAUGAGGACACGGUGGACGGUGAAGGCCUGGACAGCCUGUCUGAGCUGGCCUUCUGCUUCCUCAACCCCAGCAGUGACAGCGUGAUGGGGGCUCUGGGCGAAGACGACAGCCUCCUUAGCCUCACAGCCGCUGCUACAGCCGCUGCCGCCGCUGCCAGCGAUGCUCCUGCAGCUCAUGAUGUAGGUCCACAGAUCGAAAAGCAAGAACUGGGCACGCCGUCGGCCCAGUGCUCGGAUUCUUCAUCUUCUCUGGUUUUCCCAGUSUCCUCUGUCCCCUUGCAGCAGCUUCUCCCAACUAGCGACACCAUCAUCCUCCAGCCCACUCAGAGCUCUCUGACAGGAUUCUUCAGGCCGGGUCUAAUCCCGGACGCCCCCCUCGUCCAAACCUCCAGGCCCGCCAAAGUCUCCGGGGCGACAGCCUUCCGCCGCAUCGCUCCCAAAGUGCCGCCCGGCUCGGAAGCCGAAGCAGACGCGCCCCCCGGGUCGGAGGCCGCGGGACGACCCGCCCUGACUCGAGCGUCCGAGGACGUUUUGUCCAAGUGCAAGAAAGCGGCGGCCGAGGACCACGUGCUGCUGGUGGAAGGCGAGAAGAAGUACGCCUGCAAGAUCUGCUGCAAGACCUUCAUGAACCUGACGGACUGCAAGAARCACAUUCGGGUCCACACGGGGGAAAAGCCCUACCCCUGUCCCAAGUGUGGCAAACGCUUCAGCCAGUCCUCGCACCUCUAUAAGCACUCCAAAAACAGCUGCGUCAACUGGAAAGACCACCAGUCUCUUCCAGACUCUCUACUCUAG